UAGUAGUACUCCACUCCACUAGCACUCUCUAGGUGAAACGAUAUGGGCUCUUCUUCCUCGCAACACGCACGGCAGGUAGCCGCUUGGUUGCUACUACCGCUGCUAUGCUUUUCCAUGCUGUUAUCCAGAGCAAACGGUGGAGGGUCUCGCAAGAUAUACAUAGCUUACCUAGGGGAUGUGAAGCAUGGGCACCCGGACGAGGUCGUGGCCUCGCAUCAUGACAUGCUCACCACUCUUCUCCAAAGCAAGGAGGAUUCUUCGGCCUCCAUGGUCUAUAACUACAAGCAUGGUUUCUCGGGCUUCGCCGCCAUGCUCACCGCAGACCAAGCAACAAGGCUUGCAGAGUUUCCUGGAGUCAUCAGUGUUGAACCGAGCAAAACGUACAAGACCACCACCACACAUAGCUGGGAUUUUCUUGGGCUCAACUACCCGUCCUCCCACACACCGGCCAGUGAGCUACUAAAGGCAACCAACUAUGGAGAGAAUAUAAUCAUCGGCAUGGUUGACACAGGGGUCUGGCCGGAGUCGAGAAGCUUCAGCGAUCAAGGGUAUGGGCCGGUGCCAUCAAGGUGGAAUGGAAAAUGCGAGGUUGGGCCAGACUGGGGAAGCAACAACUGCAGCCGGAAGGUCAUCGGCGCACGGUUCUACAGCGCCGGGGUCCCCGAAGAGUACUUCAAAGGGGACUCGCUGUCGCCCCGUGACCACAACGGCCACGGCACACACACAGCCUCCAUCGCGGCUGGCUCCCCCGUGGAGCCGGCAGCUGCCAGCUUCCAUGGCAUCGCUGCCGGGCUCGCGCGGGGAGGCGCGCCACGCGCUCGCCUCGCGGUGUACAAGUCCUGCUGGAGCGACGGCACUUGCUUCGAGUCGACCGUGCUGGCCGCCGUCGACGACGCCAUCCACGACGGGGUGGACGUUCUGUCCUUGUCCCUCGUAAUGAGCGAGAACUCGUUCGCUGCGCUGCACGCGGUCAAGAAGGGGAUCGUCGUGGUGCACACCGCCGGUAACAACGGGCCUGCGAUGAUGACCAUCGAGAACACAUCACCGUGGGUCAUCACCGUCGCGGCGACGAGCAUCGACCGCUCGUUCCCGACGGUGAUCACGUUGGGAAACAGCCAACAAAUAGUGGGACAGUCUCUCUAUUACCAAGUGAAGAACAGCUCAGCAUACAAGAGCGAUUUCACCAAUCUUAUAUGUACAUCGUCUUGUACCCCGGAGAAUCUUAAAGGCAACGACGUGAAAGGGAUGAUCCUGCUCUGCAAUGACAAAGGGGCCAGUUUCUUCACGGCGGCACAGUACAUCGUCGACAAUGGAGGGUCCGGACUCAUCAGCUCGCUAAGAAUCGUGGAUGACCUAUUCAACAUUGCAGAAGCUUGCCAAGGCAUCGCCUGUGUACUUGUCGACAUCGACGAUGCGGACAAGAUAUGCCAAUACUACGAGGACUCAAGCAACCCCCUUGCAAAGAUUGAACCAGCACGCACCGUUACGGGCAAUGAGAUUCUGGCCCCAAAAGUGCCGACCUUUUCCUCCAGAGGCCCAUCGGUUACUUACCCCGCCAUUCUCAAGCCUGACAUAGCUGCACCUGGAGUCAACAUCUUGGCCGCAAAAAAGGAUUCCUACGCAAUUAUUUCAGGGACGUCCCAGGCAGCCCCUCAUGUAGCGGGCAUCGUCGCCCUGCUGAAAGUCCUGCACCCAGACUGGUCUCCCGCGGCACUGAAAUCAGCCAUCAUCACCACUGCCCAUGUAACCGAUGAACGCGGCAUGCCGAUAUUGGCACAAGCGUCAUCACAGAAGAUUGCUGACCCGUUCGACUACGGAGGAGGGAACAUAAAUCCUUGUGGAGCGGCUCAUCCCGGCCUCAUCUAUGACAUCGAUCCAAGCGACUACAACAAAUUCUUCAAAUGUCCCAUCGGCACUAAGAAAGAGCCCGGGACUUGCAACACCACAACCACGCUACCGGCAUAUUACCUCAACCUACCAUCCAUCUCGGUUCCAGAUCUCAGGCAACCCAUCACCGUGUAUAGGACAGUGACCAACGUCGGUGAGGUCAAUUCUGUGUACCAUGCCGCAGUGCAGAGCCCGAUGGGAGUCAAGAUGGAGGUCUUCCCACCUGUUCUUAUGUUCGACGCUGCCAACAAAGUUCAGACGUAUCAGGUGAAGCUGUCCCCUAUGUGGAAGUUGCAUGGGGACUACACAUUUGGUAGCCUUACUUGGCAUAAUGACCAAAAAGCAGUAAGGAUUCCAGUUGUGGCCCGGAUUACAACUCAAGAAAUCUAGGCGGAUGUUGCAUAAUGAAAUAAAAAUGCCAUUUCUAUUUCUUUAAUAAAAAAUAGACCCACAUCACAGUGGCUAGGAAACCAUGCCACCUAACAUGUGGGCCUUUCUCUCUC